CAGCACCGGUUGUUGCAAUCGAAACGUUGUCGAACAAAAAAACAUUUCUUGUUCUCUCCGGGCUGGCUCUACGGCUGUUUCUAAAAUCUGAACAUGUGUAGCGUUGAUAAUACAAAACGUAUUGCGUCCUAUCUGGAGGUUCCACUCGGGAAAGUGGGUUACAAUUCGGAAAAGAUUCUAACCCGAACCAAAUCCGCCCAGGAACCGAGCAUCUCCGGAUUUUCCUCAAUCAUACAAUCUUUGGUGAGAGAAUCGAAGAAGCCCUCCGUUCGACAGCCGCAUGCGGACAUUGAAACCGAAUGCCAAAUACUGCAGUGGCUCGAUUAUGCUGUCCUGUUCGUGGCACCAUCUAAUAAGGAUAAACACACCGCCAAGAGCCUGCUAGAGGAACUUAACUUUUACCUGCAAAGCCGUUCCUAUUUGGUAAACGAUACUCUCAGCGUGGCGGAUGUUGUCGUUUACCACACGAUCCACGAAACUAUGGCUAAUCUUCAACCACUCGAGAAGGAAAGCUACCUGAAUGUGUCACGCUGGUUUCACCAUCUCCAGCAAUUGGAAGAGGUUCGUCAAGGUAAAAUUCUUCUCAACUUUUCCACCCUACAGCUAUUGGAAUGGGCUACCGGUACUCACACGUAAGCCAGAUCUGGCGCGGAUCUCUUGCAACGGACAUAGCUCGAUUGUUUAUGGCACUGCUCCACAUUUUGCUCCACAUUGACCUAGUAGACAGGUAGCGUGUGUGAUGCACACGAAAGUACAGUAACUUCCUUUAUCAUGUCCGAAUUAGAUGCAGUGGCGCUCAUGGUUAUGUAAUAAAUUAUUUGAAUCUUACCACAUU